AUGUCUGACGACGGGAGCGCUGGCGCGGGCGUCCGCUCGGCGGCGGAGUCAACGCACUCCCCCUCGACGGACGGGAUUCCGCUGUGCGUGACCAAGGCCGGCCCCGUGGACGGCGCCGCCGCCUGGGAGAACCGGCUGAACGAGGAGUUCGCGGCGCUGAUACACUACGUCGAGGAGAACAAGGCGAACGACACCGAGUGGUUCCAAAUCGACUGCGACGACCAGGGCACCAAGUGGUUCGGCGAAUGCUGGCACGUGCACAAGAUGAAGACGUAUCGCUUCCGCCUGGAAAUAAACAUCCCUGCUGCCUACCCCAACGCACCGCCGGAUAUCGUGCUUCCAGACCUCGACGGCAAGACCGCGAAGAUGUACCGUGGCGGCAGCAUAUGCCUGGAUGCCCACUUCGCGCCUCUGUGGCAGCGCAACUCCCCCAAGUACGGCAUCGCCCACGCCCUCGCCCUAGGGCUCGCCCCCUGGCUCGCCAGCGAGGUCCCGCAACUAAUUGCUUCAAAUGUGCUAGCGCCGUAG